AUGAUGAUCAUACGAUUCGUCGUCUGUGUAAUUCUAUUUCUAUAUUUAUUUAUUCAAAAUUCUUCAGCUACUUAUCUUCGUUGUACAUCAAAAUGUACUCAAAUCACCGUUCCAUUUCUCGAACCAUUGAAAAUAUCUAACGAAUGUCAAGAUAAUAAUAGUCUUAUCAAUAUUUAUGAUUAUUCUACAAGCUGUAUAGUCGAUUAUCGCAUUGAUUACGACGCUAAAAAUAUUUAUAUUAAUUUUAAAGCUAGUAAUGAUACUCAUAUUUAUGAUGGAUAUAAUCAAUCUGAAUUUCUUGUUCAAACAAUAUGGUUAGGUUUUAAUCAAGAUUCAGAGCAACCAAAUAUAACUGAUCGUAAAUAUGGAUGUAGUACAGAAAAUGAUUGUGCACGUCAAUUUUAUUUUAAUACUAUUAAACAUUUAAUUACUAAUGGUCAAUUACAAAUUGAUAAAAUUAAAUCAAAAUUAUAUAGACAAUCUUUAUUACCAAAAAAUAUUGCACUUCGUCGUUGUGAAAUUAAUAAUACAACGUAUAAUAGAUCAACAAUACGAUGUCAAGAUGGUUUAUGUUAUGUAAAUAAUAUGAAUGAAAAACAGUAUUGUACUUCUGAUAAGACUCCAACAUUUUUUAGUGAAUUUCGAUCUUAUUUACCGAAGUCAACAGCAAAGGAAAUCGAAUUCAUUGAAUAUAAAUGUAAUAAACAUUUAUGUAAUAACAAUGAAACGAUUGAAAUAAUUAAAAAACUUCUUCGUGAUUAUACAAAUUGGAAUAAUAUUAAUAACAAACAAAAUCAAAUAGAAGAAAAAUCAUCAUCAACAAUAUAUCAAAUAGAAGAAAAAUCAUCAUCAACAACAUAUAAAAUAGAAGAAAAAUCAUCAUCAACAACAACAUGUCAAACUGUAUCUAAUAUUUUAAUUAUUUUAUCUUUAAUUAAUCUUCGAUUUUUAUUUUAA